UUAUGGAAACUCUGGUUGGGUCAGAAGGUUUACUCAUUCUCACUUCUUUUCCAUUUUAAUAAAUUGUUUUUUAAGAAAAACUCGCUGGCCUGGUCUCGAUGGCUUUCUCUCUCGUCUUCUCACGAUCGCUGAAAUCGAAUGUUUGUUCAGAGCGAGAAAAUGGCUUCGAAACGGAUCUUAAAGGAGCUCAAGGAUCUUCAGAAAGAUCCUUCGACCUUGUACACUGCUGGUCCAGUUGCUGAAGACUUGUUUCAUUGGCAAGCUACAAUAACGGGUCCAUCAGACAGUCCUUACUCAGGUGGAGUCUUUAUCUUAACCAUUCACUUCCCUCCGGAUUAUCCUUUCAAACCACCAAAGGUUGCGUUUAGGACAAAAGUGUUCCACCCUAAUGUCAACAGCAACGGCAUCAUUUGCUUCAACAUUUGCCACGACGUUUUGAAAGAACAAUGGAGUCCUGCACUCACAAUAUCCAAGGUUUUGGUUUCGAUAUGUUCAUUGUUAAGGGAUCCAAAUCCAGAUGAUCCUAUGGUUCCGGAGAUUGCUUAUAUGUAUAAAACCGAUAGAGGCAAGUAUGAGUCCACUGCAAGAAGCUGGACCCAGAAGUAUGCAAUGGGAUAAAGUUUCUUCUUUUGAUCCCUUUCUUUGUUCCCUGAUUAUCAUUUUGUUGUCUUCCUUGCAUUAAUAUUUGAAAAUUAAAUAGUCUAUAAUUAUUUAGACCAAUCAAACAAUGUGAAUCCUUGAAAAUUAGAUAAAUACCAAAACAAAUUUUCAAAUUUUAAGGAGUAUCCAAACAAUGAGACGUUGCAUUGUUGUUGGUUAGUGCAUUUGUGAUACUCU